GAGAUAAUGGAAGAGAUAAUGGAAGAGAUAAUGCUUAAAGAAACCUGGCGUGUAAAAAUUCCUUUCUAUUUGUAGUCGGGUUUUAAUAGACACGUUCGAGACCUCAACUUCAGACAUGACCUGGAUUUAUGUGUUGUUUUGUGUCCUUUUUUGUGGAUCUACGACGGGUUUUUUACUGGACACCAUAACGGGCCACCUGCCCCACCAGGUGUGCUACGGGGACCUGGGCUGCUUCAGUAACGGUAUCCCCUUCCUCAGCACCCACCGGCCCCUGUCAGUAGUACCCGCGAGCCCAGAUACCAUCGGCACUCGCUUCCUGCUAUACACGAGGGCUACACCAACCAUCACCAGCGAGGAACAACUUGACCCCAAGAAUGACCUCUCAAUCUCAAGGUCACACUUUGACGGCCAGCUAGCAACCAAGAUCAUCGUGCAUGGUUUCACCCACGAUGGCCACAAGAUGUGGGUCCAGAACAUGACGCGAGAGCUACUGGUCUUAGACGCUUUCAACGUCAUCGUCGUCGACUGGCACGCAGGCGCAGUGCUGCCAUACGAGCAGGCGACAGCAAACACGCGCGUUGUUGGCGCCCAGCUGGCCCAGCUGAUUAACACGCUCAUCGCCAGGGCGGGAACCAGCGCCGGAAAAUUCCAUAUCAUUGGCCACAGUCUGGGGGCGCAUAUCGCCGGGUACGCCGGGGAAAGGAUAACACACCUAGGCCGCAUCUCAGGUCUCGACCCCGCGAGUCCCUAUUUUGAGGACACAGAUAUCAAAGUUCGAUUGGACCCCAGCGACGCAGACUUCGUAGACGUCAUGCACACGGACGCCGGUGGGGUCAAGAACAUCGGUUUCGGGGCCACUCACCCGCUUGGUCAUGUGGACUUUUAUCCGAACGGAGGAGAGAGGCAGCCCGGAUGCGCUGCCGACGCCGUCGACAAGCUCGGCGCGACAUCGUGGGCAGCCUUGUCAACGUUUUUCAAUGUUUACGCGGCGGAGGAGGCCUUAGCGUGCAGCCACGAACGCUCCUACUACUACUUCACGGAGUCAAUCAACUCCCAGUGCCCCUUCACCGCCUGGAAGUGCGCCACCCUCGGGGAAUUCGACCAAGGACACUGCGUGAAAUGCACCGAUGACUCGUGCGCGCGCAUGGGUUACCACGCCGACCCGAGCAAAGGACUCAGGGGCAACUUUUAUCUCAACACCGAGUCGACAGAUUCUUUCUGCCAGUACACGUAUCAGGUGAACAUAAGUAGCCUCAACAACUUCGACGGCAUCUUGUACAUGACCCUUGAGGGAACCAACGCCACUAUCGGACCCACUGCCCUUAUGAAAAACAACCUGGUGCACCUCGGCAAGGACACCCUGGCCCUGCGUUACCACAGCCGCGUCAACGUGGGUUCUCCCACCCAUCUGACCCUGCGGUACGAGAAGAUAACCACGCCCUUCAUUAGCUCCUCAUACCCGGAUGAUUGGCACCUGCUUGGCGUCACCUUAUGGCAGGCGGACGAGAGUCGCAAGUACUCGUUUUGCAACACGUACCAUGCCGAGAUCGACAACCACAACUCUACAACGUUCUCUGUCCGCGGGGUCACGUGCUAGAGUCACGGGCUAGAGUCACGUGCCGAACUGAAUGACCGCUCUUUGAGAAAAGUCAUGCGUUUAUGACGUUGACUAUUCAAUAAACUACUUUAACCCAUGAUAUGUGUUAAAUAUUACAGUUAUGCCUAAAAUAUUUUCAAGAAAAACACACAUCGUCAAUCUUAAUAUACAUUUUAUUUCUGAUCGUCAUGCAUUUGAGACGGUGCAUACAAAAGUGUUUGGAAAAAUGUUUACAUGUACGUUUUAAAAUCAUCUUUUUGUAUUAGGUUUGAUCCGGUGAUACUUCAGCAGUAAAUAAGCAUUAGCAGUGUGAACGUUACAUUUUUGGUUCAUAAUAAAACAUCUGAAAAUAAAAAUGGCCGCUGAUGAAGACCGCGAGGUCGAAAGCUUCGGCAAAAAAUAAA